CUCAUUUCUGGGAGUAAAGUAAACCACACCCACCCACUCCCACCAGGAGAAUUCACAGGACUCUGGUAGCUGCUGGGUGAAAGGAUUUCAGUCCCUUUUUCUUUGCCAUUCCCAUCUUCAUUUUCCUCAGUUUCGCGUCACCCUAGCCGUGCUUUCCUGGGGAAGGAUCUGCCUUGUGCAAACAGGAGGAAGCAGCUGGCUGCUCUCCAGGAUGUGGGGUUCCCUGGGCCUCCUCCUGAUGUCAGCUCUCUUCCAAGUCAGGAGAGCGGCUGCCGAGCGCUGCCCACAGAUCUGCAUCUGCGAUAACAUAAAGCAUCACGUCAUGUGCCUGAACAAGAACCUCACGGAGGUGCCCAUCACCAUCCCACAGGUCACCCAAAAACUGGAUCUCUGGGGCAACAACAUAAAAGUCAUCCCUGUAGGAGCUUUCCUCCCUAUCCCAUACCUCACCCACUUAAACCUGCAGCGAUGCAACGUGGAGAGUAUUGAGGAAGGGGCUUUCAGGGGACUAGGACGACUGAUCUACCUCAACCUGGCUUCCAACAGUAUAGCCUUCAUCUACCAGGAGUCCCUGGAUGGGCUGUCUUCUCUUCAGCAGCUCAUCCUGGAGAAGAACCGCAUAGAAGAGAUAAAGUCAGGGGCUUUCAGCCAACUGGGCUUCCUCAAUUUCCUCAACCUUGGUGAGAACUUCCUGGUCUACCUGCCAGAUAUGGUCUUCCAGGGUCUGCAGCUGAUCAAGUGGCUCCGCCUGUCCCAUAAUGCACUUCAUGUCAUAGCCACGGAGGCCUUUGCUGGGUUGCCUACCCUGAGGAGGUUGAGCCUGGACCACAACGAACUGCAGUCCCUACCCACAGAGGCCCUGUCGAGGCUGUCAGAUACCACACGGCUGGACCUGGGACACAACCCUGUCACCUACAUCGGCGAGGAGGCCAUUGAGAUGGCUUCACUGAAACAGCUGUUCUUGGACAACAUGGCCCUGCAGGAUGUCUCACACAAAGCCUUUGUGAAGAGCCCCUUGCUGCACGUAGUCGACCUCCACAACAACCAACUGCAGGUGCUGCAGCCGCUGACAGAAGCCGCCCACCUGAAGAAAAUCAACUUAACAGGGAACCCCGUAGUUUGCACUUGCUACAUGCGGCCCUUCAAAGAGUGGAUGGAGAAAGCGAGGGUCCAGGCCGACGUGCCAUGUGCAGGUCCUGGUGCCUUCAGGGGUGAGCAGCUGGAGUCGCUGAGGUCCAUUGAUAUGAAAUGUGGGGGCCAUGCCCUGGACAAGGAGCAGCUCCCCAGCCCAGCCACCCGCAGGAGGGAGCCAGAGGGAGAUGCUAAGACGAGGUGUCCAAAAGGCUGCGCCUGCUCCCCUGAUUUCCAACACAGCAACUGCGAGAACAGAGGCCUCCGGAAGAUCCCCAAGGGGUUCCCUGGCAACACCCAGCUCCUGGACCUGCGCCAAAAUGAGUUCCAUUCCAUACCCAAGGGAUCCUUCCCCGGCUUGAAGAAGCUGGUCUCACUCCACCUGCAAAACUGCAAAAUCACAGAGCUGCAGCUGGGUGCCUUCCAGGGCUUAAAGAAGCUGGUCUACCUCUACCUGUCUAACAACAACAUCGCUGCCAUAGAUGCUGCUGCCUUUGAUGGAGCUCCCCAGCUGAGCUACCUGUACCUGGACCGCAACAGGUUCACUCAGAUGCCCACCAGGGCCUUCAGCUGCCUGCCCAACCUCUUCUCCCUCCACUUGCAGCAUAACUCCAUCAGCCAGCUGUCAGACGAUGACCUGGCUGGGGCACGGCAGCUACACUGGGUCUACCUGAGUGGGAACCGCAUCACUAGUGUGUCUCCCAGGGCCCUGAGCCCCGCCAAGAGGCUAGAGAAGCUGCACCUGGAUGAGAACCUUUUGCAGGAAGUGCCCACCGGGUCCCUCCAGGGUUUGCCUGUCCUUAGUGAGCUGAAGCUGUCCAAGAAUCCCAUCAAGUAUAUUGGGGAUGGAGCCUUCCUCCCAGUAGCCAGGUCCCUGCUGCACCUGUAUCUGGAUAAUAUGGGGCUAGAACAGCUUUCCUCAAGGGCCUUUGCUGGUCUGGGUCCCAGGAUGAAGAGUCUGUACCUGGACAACAACAACAUGCAUAACGUGCCUGACUUGUGCAGCUUCACAGGGCUGGAGGUCAUCAAUCUGAGAGACAUCCCCUUCCACUGCGACUGCCAGCUCCUUCCACUGCGCAGAUGGAUUGACAAACUGAACCUGCGCGUGGGAGCCACCUGUGGGUCCCCUGCAGAAGUCCGUGGGCAGAAGGUGAAGCUUUCUGCUGUCUUCAAAAGCUGCCCAGGCUGGGGUAUGGAGAAAGCCAGAAGGGCCCAUCCAGACAAAGUCAAGGCCAAAAUCAAAGCAGAAAGAAAUCCCAGCAAGGAAAAGAGGUCAGGAAAAGCCCAAGCCAGAGGCACCAAGAAGAGCAAAGCAUAAGAGGGAGUGGCCACAUUGCAGCGGCUGAAGUGUCUAUCAGCAGUCUGUGGCUGUGGAGGCACUUGACUAGCUAGUAGGAAGCAGCUUAGUGAGAGAGAAGCUUUAAUGGACUUUUAUCUACAUUGCAGUGAGAUUUCCAUUGCACAGCAGAAAGGAGCAAAUCUGACUGCAGCUAUGGGAGACUGAGCUCCGGGGUUCUGGCGGGAUGGGGGCUGGAAGGGAUGUAUGUGUGCAGUGUGUGUUGCAGGGGGAGGGAAUUCAAAGAGGAAAUCGCAUUGAGAGGAAAAAGCAGAUGUGGGAGUUCCUUCUGACAAUCCUAUGGUGCUUUUCAUGAGGGAGCAUCCCCUCCUGCCCCCCCCGCUUCUGUGCCAAAUUGUAGCUUGAACAAUUCCAUUUUGCCUCCCUAAGUUCCUCUUGCAGUUUCAGUGGAACAUGUUAUUGUUCUCUUCCUGCUCUAAGGUGCUGUGUAGUGCUGCUGUGCAUUAUGUUUCACCCCAGAAGUGGCUGAUUUUUAGUGGUGGGGGAACAAUCUGCUGUCCACAGACAGGGUUUCAUGUCAUCUCUGAUUCAGUGGCCAGCCCUUGCUGCAGAAUUGGAGCUUUCAGUCAAAACCAAUACAUUUCUAGCCCGCCUGGUUGAGCAGGUAACACUGGAAACACAAACCAAGUGUAACACAUACAGUAUUGACUUUGUGAGUCUGCAGAGACCCUGGAACAAUAGCUUUGGGGGGUGAAACACACCCCAUUGAUCUCAAUGGAGUGUCAGGUCUCAAACCUUGAGAUAACUAUUGAAAUGUCAACACUGCUAGCUGUUCCACUGCUGAAGGUUUCAGAAGAAAAGUCCAGCAAAUGUACGUAUCCCACAAUCCCCAACUGCCCCCUGCACCUUCCCAAGUGUCAAUAGCUCCAACUGUCUCCCUGCCCAAGUCCCCAGAUCUCCCCCUCACACUGCUACCCUGCAGGUCUGCGUCAUUAAUACAAACUUCGGCAGCAAAUAGAAAAUGUAUGGAUCUAAACCUCAAAAUAAACAGCACAGGGGGCUACUGU